AUGGAUGAGACUGGGGUUGGUCUUGGGGUAUGUACCAACACCAGAGUGGUUGCCAAUUCAUCAAAGAAGAAGGCUUAUAUCAAAUCACCAGAGGAUCGUGAGUGGGUAUCGAUCCUGGAGACUAUCUCCGCCACCGGCACCAAGCUCCAAUGCCUAGUCAUCUUCAAAGGCAAGCAUCUACAAACCACGUGGUUUCCAGCACAAGGGGUGCCAAAUUGGCUCUACACAACCUCAGAGAAUGGAUGGACGUCAAAUUCAAUUGGAUCUGAGUGGCUACAACGUAUAUUUAUACCAAAUACUACACCUUCACAGGGUGGGUGGCGGCUACUGCUAUUGGACGGCCACGGCUCCCACACUCCUAUUGACUUUAUGUGGACUUGCCGGCAGCAUCAGAUCUAUCUUCUAUACCUCCCACCUCACGCCUCACACAUCCUCCAGCCGCUGGAUCUGGCUCCAUUCUCUGUCGUCAAAACCCACUACCGUAGUCAGAUCCGAGCACUCUCAGCACUUGAUGACGCAGCACCUAUCAAGAAGGAGAGGUUUGUCACCUCAUAUAACAAAGCAAGAGAGGAAGGACUAUCUAAGAGAGUCAUACGAGCCGGAUGGAAGGCUGCUGGCCUAUGCCCAUACAACCCAUGCCUCGUAAUACACUCAUCUCAGGUAUCAGGCCGGCCUAUUACACCUCCACCACCUCCUCAGGCAUCAGAUACAGUCUUUGCCACGCCUCAGAGCUCACAGGCCUUAUACAAGGCUCAGCAGCAACUCCUUCUAUCAGAAUCUCUUUCACGAAGCACCCGCCUAAUGCUUGGCAAGGCAGGCAAGGCUAUUGCUAGAGCCAACACUCGCGCAGCUCGGCUUGAAUCUGAGAAUCAACGACUUAAAUAUCAACUAGAUAGUACUAGGGUUACCCGCUCAAGAAAGCGUGUUUAA